GGGAUUUCAGUGAGUGGUCCAUGACAAAGUUUAGCCGCACCAUUCUCCUCCCCUGACUAACAAUCGCGCAGACAAUUGGAACCGGGAAUCAAAUCCCAUGAAGAAGAAUGAGUUCGGCGUCUUCGAGAUUGUCAUUCCUGCCGGCGCCAACGGCCAAGCGGCCAUCCCCCACAACUCCAUGAUCAAGAUUUCCUUGGAGCUACCCAGUGGGGAAUGGGUUGACAGAUUGCCCGCCUGGAUCAAAUACGUGACCCAGGAUCUCUCCGUUUCUCCUGCCUACGACGCGAGAUUCUGGAACCCACCAUCGAGCGAGAGGUAUGUCUUUAAGAACCAGCGGCCGAAGAAGCCAGAGAGCGUCCGAGUCUACGAAGCCCACGUCGGCAUAUCCUCUCCCGAACUCAAGGUGGCUUCGUACAAGGAGUUCACCAAGAACAUGCUUCCUCGGAUCAAGUCCUUGGGAUACAAUGUCAUCCAGCUCAUGGCCAUCAUGGAACAUGCCUACUAUGCCAGCUUUGGCUACCAAGUGAACAACUUCUUCGCCGCGAGCAGCCGUUACGGCACCCCUGAAGAUCUGAAGGAGUUGAUCGACACGGCCCACGGCAUGGGACUCGUAGUGCUUCUGGACGUCAUCCACAGCCAUGCUUCGAAAAACGUACUCGACGGACUCAACCAGUUCGACGGCACGGAUCACCAGUACUUCCACGAGGGUGCCAAGGGUCGUCAUGAGCUAUGGGACAGCAGGAUUUUCAACUACGGCCACCACGAGGUCAUGCGUUUCCUCCUCAGCAACCUCCGGUUCUGGAUGGACGAGUUCCAGUUUGACGGAUUCAGAUUCGACGGCGUCACCAGCAUGCUGUACACCCAUCACGGUAUUGGCACUGGCUUUUCCGGUGGCUAUCACGAGUACUUCGGGGCUGGAGUCGACGAGGAAGCCGUCGUGUACCUCAUGCUCGCGAAUGAGUUGCUCCACGAUCUGUAUCCGGAAUGCAUUACCAUUGCAGAAGACGUUUCGGGUAUGCCGGCGUUGUGCCUACCGCUCUCGCUUGGUGGUGUUGGAUUUGACUACAGACUCGCCAUGGCAAUUCCUGACAUGUGGAUCAAGCUUUUGAAGGAGCAGAAGGACGAAGACUGGGAUUUCAGCAACAUAUGCUGGACAUUGACCAACCGUCGGCACGGAGAGAAGACGAUCGCAUACUGCGAAAGCCACGACCAAGCCCUUGUGGGAGACAAGACCUUGAUGAUGCAUCUCUGCGACGCGGAGCUCUAUACCAACAUGUCGAUUAUGACGCCAUUGACUCCCGUCAUUGACCGAGGAAUGGCGCUGCACAAGUUGAUCCGCCUCCUGACCCAUGGCCUGGGCGGUGAGGGCUACCUCAACUUUGAAGGUAAUGAGUUUGGCCAUCCUGAAUGGCUUGACUUCCCUCGUGAGGGCAACCAGAAUUCCUUCUGGUAUGCUCGACGGCAGCUCAACCUCACUGAGGAUCAUCUCCUGAGAUAUCAAUACCUCAACAACUUCGACCGGUCCAUGAACCUGACCGAGGGAAAAUACGGAUGGCUUCACGCACCCCAGGCUUUUAUCUCGCUCAAGCAUGGGGGCGACAAGGUCAUCGUGUUCGAGCGAGGUGGCCUCGUUUUCGUCUUCAACUUCCACACCACCGAAAGCUACACUGACUACCGAAUCGGCAUCGAGGUGCCUGGUACGUACAGGAUCGUCCUGAACUCUGACACCAAGGACCAUGGAGGAUUCAACCGGCUCGACGAGAACACACGUUUCUUCACAACGCCGAUGGAGUGGAACGGAAGACCAAACUGGACACACCUCUACAUCCCUUCACGGACUGCCAUUGUGCUUGCGCUCGAGUCUACGAUAUCCCAGGCUUUAUAACUUGGCACCGUCCGCAUCCAGGAUCUGGACCAGGGGAGGGAGAAAAAGGCACGAGAUCUGAGUAUUGUACGGGUUUCUUUCAUUUUAUUUCAUAGACUAUUGGGCAGAAUGAACUUCGUAAUACACAUAAUAUGAGGCCCAGCUGGCAGUUGUGAUGGAUAGGUAUUCAGGUAUCGGUAUCUGGUUCCAUGUCAAUUAAUAACCUGGCUGAAGGGGGGGGGCGCCAGGAGAAAAAUUCUUGCCAAGCCGGAGAAUCAUUGGCAAAUAAGCCCGGGGAUUUGCGGGUUCUUCAGAUUGUUGACAAUCUCUUCCACGUGACUUCUCGGCUAGCCAGAAAGCUCCAGUCCCGAGAAAUAACUCGUUUUCAGCAAACCUCUACCUUCUCCCGAAGACCGCAACCUCCUCUCCUCUCCUCCAGUACCCGUCUUAAUCAUCUGUCAGGAUGUUCAAGAG